CGUUUCUCAGCGAAUGGUGGAGGAAAGUGCGUCGUAAAUAUUACACAAAAAUCAUACCAAACGCUUGUAACAGUUGCAAUUAUGAUAUGACGACAUCAUCAGUAUUCUAAAAAUACUAGUGUGAUAUAUGAACAGUGAAAAACAAUGGCUGAAUCGUGUGGAAAGUUUCUACAGCGUUUUCUACCAGUCUUAGGCUGUGUCCUGCUGAUAAAUUUAGUAAAUCAUAUCCCAUUGGCGUCAGCAGAAGGCCAGUGCAUAUGGUAUGGCGUGUGUACAAAUAAGACUGACUUCAAGCAGAGAUACUGCCCGUACAAUGGGCCUGCGAAGCCGAUUGAUGAGGGCGGUCGGACGAUACUCGAGAAGUAUUGCCCGGACAUCGCCGCUGGCGGGCUGACGUGCUGCAACGCCGACCAGCUCCGAAUCCUGGAGAAGAACAUCGCCAACGCGGGCAUGCUGUUGCGCUGCCCCACUUGUAUGGAGAACUUCCUGAAGCACAUCUGUGGCAUGACCUGUGCGCCGGAUCAGAGCAACUUCUUGAAGCCGGUCAAGAUUGAACCUUAUCCAGGUGGAGCAGAAUCCCGGCAAAUAAUCACAGAGAUCGAUUAUCACCUUGGCGCGACUUACAUGAAUACAACCUACACGUCAUGCUCGCAAGUGCAAAUGCCGUCCACCAACCAAGUGGUGAUGGACAUAAUGUGCGGCUCCUACGGCUCGACCUUCUGCACGCCGCAGCGCUGGUUCGACUUCAUGGGAGACGCAGAAGUGCCUCUGGUGCCGUUCCAGAUCAACUACAAGAGCGGAGACGAGCCGAGCGAUGGCUUCAUACCUUAUAACCCGGAGACACAUCCCUGCAAUGUUGGCAGCAAGGGUCAACCAGGCUGUUCCUGCUUCGACUGCGCGGCAUCUUGCCCAGCGCCGCCGACGCCGCCGCCGCCACCGCGUCCCUUCAGUAUCCACGGCGCGAUUAGGCUUCAAAUGUCUUCAACGCAAAUUAUGUCUUAG